AUGACAAACAUCUUCAUGACUGGCUUGAUCUUUUUUGUCUUUUUUGUCGUUCUUGUCCUGGGACUGGUAGCGUUAUUCAAGGGUUAUUGCGAAGUCGCGUCGAAGAAAGGAUGGAUUAAGGGUGGUAAGUUUCAAGAUUUCCGAAACGGAUGGAAGAUUAUCAUGAGAGGCAUUCUGUUCCGCUUGGUACUUAUUGGCUUCCCCCAAAUGUGCAUACUCUGCCUAUGGGAGCUCACUAGGCGAGAUUCGCCUGCUGAAGUUGUUUUGGCCGUGUUCAUGCUCAUUUCGAUGGCCGCGUCUCUCGGUUUCGCUGCGUUUACUGUCAUUCGCCUGGCCAAAAGGUCCGUGGAGAUCCAUAAAAAUCCAGCCUAUAUCUUAUACUCAGACCCUGCGGCUUUGAACAAAUGGGGUUUCCUCUAUGUUCAGUACAGGGCAACGGCCUACUACUGCGUCAUCCCCGUUCUAGUCUAUAUUUUGGUCAAGAGCAUGUUCAUUGGGUUAGCACAGCCGGCUCCUCUUGUUCAAGCUAUCGCUCUUCUUAUUAUUGAAGCGGCCGUUUUGAUUGCUGCCAGUGUGCUGAGGCCAUGGAUGGACAAAAAAACUAAUAUUUUCAACAUCUCAAUCGCCGCGGUCAACUUCUUCAAUGUCAUCCUUCUUCUCUUCUUCACCCAAGUAUUUAAUCAGCCCGGUCUUGUCACUGGCAUCAUGGGCGUUGUCUUUUUCGUUGUCAAUGCAGUAUUCGCCCUCAUCCUGCUUAUUUUGGUCCUCAUCUCGUCCGUGUAUGCUAUCGUGUCUAAGAAUCCAGAUACGCGAUACCAGCCCAUGAGAGACGACCGCGGAUCCUUUAUUAAAUCCCAGACUCAGCUGACAACCGAGCUCGAUGCUCUUGGAGCGACCGCUCGUGGUGAAACGAAAUCAUUUGAGGACUCGUCCUCGCUAUCCGGCUUUUACCCUAACAGGGCAGAUUCCCCAGCACAAAGCCUACAGCGUCAACAGCCACACUCUCCGUUGGAAUCUUCUAUGCCUUUAUUCCCUGCCGACAGCUCUGCUCGUAGUGUCCCACCUCCAACAUAUCAAACCCAGGCUCCAUACUCUCGAGCACAAAACAUAUCGCCUGCGCCCCGAAACAUUACCACAUCUCCUUUCCCAAGCUCUCCAUCGGCGACUUCGAAUCCGGCUCAAUAUAGGAUGAACAACAGCAGUAGUCCAUGGCAACGCGGCGCAGGAUACGAGCAUUAA